GCUCUCUAACGUUAGCUUUUCGUGAAGCGUUAACUUUAGCAAGCAGCCAGCUCGGUGUAACGUUACUCGUCUUAUUGUUGUUGACUGCAACGUGUUACGUUAGUCUAAGCGUAAGGUGCACUGCAUUUUAUCUAUUCGGCCACCUGAAAAGUGGUUCGUCGUUACAUACAUUUAUAUAUUUACAGAAACCUACCCAACUACUUCUAACAAUUCGUACAUGUCUCUUGUGGAUUUGGGGAAGAGACUGCUUGAGGCGGCACGCAAAGGGCAAGAUGAUGAGGUCAGGACUCUCAUGGCCAAUGGAGCUCCUUUUACUACAGACUGGCUUGGGACCUCACCUCUUCAUCUUGCUGCACAGUAUGGACACUACUCUACUGCGGAGGUACUACUCCGUGCAGGCGUCAGCAGGGACGCCCGCACCAAGGUGGACCGGACCCCUCUUCACAUGGCUGCUGCAGAGGGGCACAACAGCAUUGUGGAGCUUCUUGUCAAGAGUGGAGCGGAUGUGAAUGCUAAAGACAUGCUGAAGAUGACCGCGCUCCACUGGGCCACUGAGCACGGCCACAGGGCCGUGGCGGAGCUGCUGGUGAAGUACGGCGCCGACACACACGCCAUGAGCAAGUUCGACAAGACGCCCUUCCUCAUCGCCGUGGACAAGGGCAACACCGACCUCAUGCUACUUUUGCAGGUAGUGUAUCUGGAGGGCAUGCAGCACCAGGUGAACGUGAACCCUCUGAGCAGCUCUGCCACCUCCAUGCCCAGUCCUCAGUUCCUCAUCUCCUCCUCAGGGGAGCUCGUCAACUUCUCAGACAUCGUCCUCACAGCUGCUAAGCCCAACUCAGUAGGUGCCACUGAGGAAGUGAUCGCUCCAAACUCUGUGGAUUCAGCCAUCCAGCAGGUUGUCGGGGAAGGAGGGCAGAGGGUCAUCACCAUAGUGACUGACCAACAGGGCAACCUGCAGCCAGCUUCUUUGGGGCAGAAGUUCUUUGUCACCAUGCAGGGGCAACAAAUGGUGGCUGUUCCAGCUGGACAGGUUACAGAGGAAGUUGUGGUGGAGGAGUCCAAACCUCCCACGCCACGCAAGAGGAAACUGGAACAAGUGACCCACCACAUGGAUCCCAAACAGAAGCAGGAGAUGGCGGAGAAGGACAGCCGUGAGCAGCUGGAGAAGCAGCUGAUGGAGGCCAACCAGCGGGCGCAGGAGUACCGCCAGCAGCUCCUGCAGAAGGAGCAGGAGGCCGAGCAGUACCGCCUCAAGCUGGAGGCCAUGACCAACGGCCAGCCCAACGGCACGGGCGAGGACACUGGAGCAGUGGAGGGCCAGGAGGAGGUGGUGCUCCAGGAGGAGGAGGAGGAGGGGGAUGUGGAGCAGGAGGAGGAGGAGGAGGUGGUGAUGAUGUCGGAGGGUACCAUCAUCAUCAAGCCCAGCGAGCUGGACGCAGACAUGGUGGAGGAGGAGGGCGAGCAGGUGACGCUGGUGGACGUGGCAGAGAGCGCCUCUGUGUUGCAGACGCCGGUGUCGACGUAACACCUCCACACACACAUGCACACACACACACACACACACACAUGCACGCACACACAUACACUUAACUCCUCCCAGCAGCUCUAAAGCCCAAAGGCACUUCCCCCACUCAGGAACUGCACACACUAGAUGACACCCUAGUAAUGUUUCUCGUUUUUAAUUUAUUUAUAUUAAUCACAGUGAUGAGUUACAUGACAACAACUACUUUUUUUACUUUAUUUGGAAAAAAUGGGACACAAUGGACCAGAGGGCUAAUCGAUAACCGGAUACAUCAGCUCGCACUCAAGAAGUGGACCAACGUCCAAAGUCCACAGCACAGGAGACUGACAUUUUACCCUGGACGUGGGUGUGGUCCUCCUCACUGAGACUGACUUGAUCUUAGCUGAGCUGUCUUUUAGCUGACCAUAUGCCCACCACCUUCCACUGUUGCCUUAAUAUCUCCAAAACGCAGUGCAAACAAAGCCGGUUUUAUACUGCGUGCCGGUUCUACCUUCUACCCCUCUCUGCUGUGUUCUCAAAGACAUGAGGAAGCUGACAUGAGGGAUCAGACUGGGACAGUCUGUCUCUGGCUGUGAAGUUCCUCAUACAUCUGCCAGAGAUGAGGCAGAGCAGCGCCUCCGGAGACAAGCGGCAGCUGUGCUGAGCGGGCGAGGGAGUAGUCUGGUGCCGGAGGGGUCAGCGGGAGAGGAGCCGGAGGUACGCGCGGCCUCACAAUCCCUUCUGCUGCUGUCCGCAAUCAGAGGCGGCCGCUCAGCUCGCCUCAGCAGCCUCUGCAGGUUUCUGCAAAGUGUUCUUUCAUGUACCGUUGGUCUGAAAAUCAGCUUAAAAGCAGGAUGAUUUUGUUCCCGUAGUCGUACUGCCUUGUAUGUUAUGGAUUGGGAGAUCUACUUAACACAUGAGGUAACAGUUGUAUGUUAUGGAUUGGGAGAUCUACUUAACACAUGAGGUAACAGUUGUAUGUUAUGGAUUGGGAGAUCUACUUAACACAUGAGGUAACAGUUGAAGGAACAUCCUCAGGCAGUCAUUUAGGCAGAAGAACAACAUGGAGGAUGUGUAGAAUCCACAGAUUCUGCCAAUGUAGCAUCUCUCACUGCUCUCCCUUUUUACUGUGUCGAUUCUGUUUUAUUGUUUUCAUUUUACUGACUACAUGGUGUUUUAUAUGUGACCUGUUGUAAACAUCACAUUAGUCAGUGUUCAACACGAUGACCUGUCUAAAAUGAAACACAGCCCUAAUUUCUCUGUUGCUAUUUAAGCGAGUGUGAUGCUUGCGUAUAUUAUACACUAGGGACUUUGUGAAGCAUUGGACUCAUUUUACUUUUCUUUCAAUACUGGGUUAAUCCAGAGCCACAACUGGGCGAACAAAAAUGACUACAAAUUUGAUAUGAUGGGCCUUGACAUGUAGCUAUUUAUUAGAUUGUACAUGAAUUUUCAUUACUGUGUAAAUUCAUUUCUGAACUGACACAUUGGAAUUUGGUGGUCUGCAAUGAGCACUACAAAUGUGGAACUAAUUUAAAUGUCAGUUAGGUGCAUCAUAUUUCAACUUGCCCUAAAGAACUACAUAAUAGAGAGAGCUGUUGCCUAAUAGAUACCAAUGAAUGGAAGUAUCCCUGAGCUUUUUUACCAAGUUUGUAAAUAUUGGUACUGUUUUUAACUACAGCUGAGCUAUCCCACAUUUAGGGGCUGCUUUUAUGAAGAUCUUACAAACACAGUACUUCAAUAGAACACUAUCAGGUCAUUUUGAUACCUUAAAGCAGUGUUUUGUGUUUGCUUUUUGUAAAUAGAUGUUUUAGUGAGAAUCAUUAUGAAUAUAAUUAUUGUUUUUCAAGUACUUGUUUUUUUUAAAGAAAAUAUAUAAACCUAUGUAGAUUUCAAUAAAUACUAAAUA